AUGCCAAUCACGCAAAUUCCAAAUUUACAAGCGCUGACAGUAUUAGAACCAUAUGCAACAAGCAUUAUUUACGGAAACAAAAGACUCAAGCUGCGAAGCUAUCAGAUCGAAAUACCAAUGAAUUCGGCAUCAGAAAGAUUGUCUUCGUGGAAAUUGUGGCAAAAUCCUUUGAUGGGCAAAGUUUAUCGCUGUUUAAAAGCCGAAGAAAUUCCUGACGAUGAAGUUUGA